UGCUGACUGCUGAUUGCUGAUUUGUCAAAUCACAAAUGUCAAAUUAACAAUUUGGGCUUUGGCAUUCAACUUGAAACCGGCUUGAAAAUGGAGGAAAAUACGGUAACCGCCACUGAAGAUACUGAGAUGGAAGACUGUGAUGGACACAAUGUUGUAACAAUGAUGGACGUCCUCAAAGAACAAGAAGACUUCGAGAAUAAUGCUAACGCUGUGUUAGGCGCUUCAGAUGAAAAGAAUUGUACUUACUCAAAGGGUUAUGUUAAGAGGCAAGCAAUAUAUGCAUGUAUGACAUGCUGUUCUGGAGCUAAAGACGAUCCAUCUAAAAGGGCUGGAGUAUGCCUUGCAUGCAGCCUUACUUGCCAUGAAAAUCAUGAACUUAUAGAACUGUACACAAAACGAAAUUUUCGAUGUGACUGUGGAAAUCCUAAGUUCGAUUCUAACCCCUGCCAAUAUACAUCAACUAAAUCUGAUCUUAACGAAAAUAAUGAAUAUAAUCAGAAUUUUAGUGGAUUAUAUUGCAUUUGUCAUCGUCCUUACCCCGAUCCAGAAUCUACUAUUGAAGAUGAAAUGAUUCAGUGCAUUAUUUGUGAAGAUUGGCUCCAUGCUAACCAUUUAGAAGCAACUGUGCCUUCUAAUGAUCAGUAUUCCGAAAUGAUUUGCAAAGGUUGCAUGGAAAAAAAUUCAUUCCUCCAUGAUUACAGCAGCCUCGCAGUAAACAUUGAAAAUGAUGUUGAUGUUGUGGUUGAUACUCCAAAAAUAACUAACUUGAAUGGCAACCAUAUUGAGAAUGAGAAUUUGCCCCUAACUCCACAAACUAAAUCUUUGGAUAAUUCCAAUGAUAAUAAUAUAAAUACAGAAUCUAAUAUGGAAAAGCAAGAACAAGCUGAUACUACAAAAGAAAAGACCCAACUUGAGGAUGAACGCAUGGAAGAAGAUAGACUGUUAGCUGAUCCUGAAGAAGAAAAUAAAUUGAAAAAUAAUGGAAUGGAUGGAGAUCACCCAGGAAAAGAAGAUAAAACUAUUGAUGCAUCUGAACCAGUUGGUAUUAAAGAUGAUGCUACUAAUAAAGAGGCAGAUCAACUGUCAUGUACUAGUAAAAAGGAAGAUGAAAACACAGGUGAAACCGAUGGAAAUGACAUAAGCUCUGAUGUGAAGAAGGAUGAUAGUGCUGAUAAUACUAGUACUUCCCCUAAUAAAAACGAAAAUAAUGAAGCAAAUACUAAAGUCGAUAAAGGAGCAGAAGUUGACCAAACCGCAGACAAAACAGAAGCAAAAGAGUCAACGGAUAUUAAUUUAGAUACUGAAAUAAAAAAUACGGGAGAUCAGGAGGAAGCCACGGAAAAGGCAAGUGAUGAUUUGGACGUAGCAGAUACAAAGGAUUCUGAUAAAAAUGAAAUAGAUGCAAACAUUGAAAUUAAAAAUAAUAAAGAUAUGGUAACCGAAAAUACAAAUGAAGACACCAAUAAAUCUGAGAACAAAAGAAAACUUUCCACUGAAAAUAGCACUGAUGUUGAUACAACUGCUGCUGGAAAACGAGUUAAAUUAGACUCUAGUUGUAUUCGGCCAAAAAAUAUUAAGAAAACAUACAAAGGAGCUACUUUUUGGCCAUCUGAUUUUAGGCAAAAACUAUGCACUUGUAAUGAAUGUUUAACUAUGUAUAAAGAUUUGUCAGUACUGUUUUUAACUGAUUUUGAUGAUACAGUUACUGCCUAUGAAAGUUUAGGUGAGGAAAAGGAAAGAAUUGAAGGUAAACCUGCAUCCCAGUAUGAGAAAGGCCUCCAAGCUCUCUCAUCCUUAGAUAGAAUUCAACAAAUUAACGCAUUGACAGAAUAUAAUAAAAUGAAAGACAAACUUUUAGAUUUCCUCAAAACCUUUAAAGAAAGGAAAGAGGUAGUCAAAGAAGAAGACAUAAAGGAGUUUUUUGCAGGUAUGAAGCCCAAACGUGAACCUGAUGGUGUUUAUUUUUGCAGAUAAUUUGUUUAGUGUAUAGUCACUUUUAUUUUACAACUUAAACAGUAAGCUAAUGAUAAAUGUUUGUGUGUUAGUAUAAAAGCUGUCAUUUCUUGUAAGACUUUUUAACAACAUUGAUAUUAUAAGUCAUUCAUUUA